AAUGUAUUCAUUAUUUCUCACAUUAUUAGGUUAAUAUUAGUGAAGGAAACAUGGUAAAUUGCCCUGACACAGGGCUUGUGUGUUGGCUACAGCUAGCAGCUGACAGGAGUUUAUCAACAAGGACUAACGUCGUAGACCACGUGGGUGUCGCAGGUCGCCGACCACCAAAGGUAGGGGGAAAGGGGUGGUCUGUUUACGUCUGGUGAUAAGACGCGUCACUUCCGUCGCUCUGGCGACUGCGCGCCAAGCCAUUGACAGGAGGGGGUAGGGGUGGCUGCUGAUAGCUGGCCCAGGGCUGCCAACGCCCAAAGAUAAUGGCGUGCUGGCAUCGCGCACGGCAAAAGACGUGGCGUUAGACGGCGUAACAUUUAGGUGUGCAAAGUUGGCAGCCUUGUCAAAAUGGUUGCGGGCCUAAGGUAAGAGGCAAAACGUAAACAAAUGUAUCAUUUACAACACAGCUGACUGGAAAUGAUAACGGGAGAAAAACAUACAAGAAUUCCUGCAAGAAGAUGCAUAGCCAGAAUCAAUGAAGAAAAUUUAUAAUUUAGUGUAGGGGUAAUGGCCUCACUUGAAAGACCAGAUACGCGGCGCGAAUUUACGACAAAACGCUCGCAUGCAGUUCACAAAAAAAUUUUAUAACAUAAAGAAGUUUUAUAAGUUAUACCUAUAUUAAAAACAGGGUUCCCACGCUCUGAAAGUCCUUGAAAAGUGCUUGAAAUAUUUUGAAGUAAUUAAGGGCCCUUAGAAGUGCUUGAAAAAACUUUUAGGUGCUUGAAAGUGCUUGAUAAAGUUUACACUGUAAGUUAUAAUUACGUUGUACAUAUUUAUUUAGGACAAGUUUUUAGUGUGGCACCGUAAUUUAAUUCUACGAUAACUUAUUUAUGGUAUGUUCAAAUAGUUGUCAUUUUUACAUUGAAUAAUGCCUCGUUUUUCGACGGCAUACGAUAAGAUAUCUUCUAUGCACUAUUUUUAUCGGCAGUUAUGGUGUCAUCAGUGUUUUUGUUCUGACAAAUGACGAUCACUUUCAUUUGCUUUGUGUCUAGAUUGUAGAGCAUUACUCUAUGAUUGUCCGUUGCUGCAGCCAUGUUGGAAUUUGCAGUUUGUUGACUUCGUUCUCGUAAAAAUGCCGGGAGGGAAGUGUGUUUUUAGGGCCGGUUUCACCAAAGUAGUUUAAGCAAAUUAAUCUCGAUUAGUUUCAAUAUAAACUCGUUUAGUCGAUUGUGCGUUUCACCACAUGCGUAAUCUCGAUUUUCCAGAGUAAAGCGAGAUUUUAUAUUAACUGGCCAAGUUCUUCCAGUUUGCGCAGCUAAUCUCGCUUAACGUAUAUAAACAAAUGGCUCGAGCAGCUUACAAUGUUAUAUUUGAAGAAGAUUCGGAUGGAGAUGAUUUUAUUAUUUUGCGUCGACCUCGUACAAUUCGCGAAAGGAGUAAUUAUUUUGAAAACUUUGAUGAAGUGGACUUUAGAACCCAUUUCCGUCUGUCGAAACAGUCUGCACAUAUACUGAUCUAACAAAACUGACUUCUCAUGUGGCGAAAGAUUUCGACUUAUUUGUAGCUUUUCUUUAAUUACAGCUGAAACUGCACCAUUGCCAAUCAUGUUUAUAUGCGAUAUGACAAUUUCCACGAUAUUACUAAUUUUUCAAAAAAGUAAAAAGUUUUUUUUUUUUAGGUUAAUGCGGCCACCAUAAAUUACGCUCGGCCAAAAGCUGCAUCUAAAAGAGGGGAAAAAAUACAUAUUCGGGUAUCUCCGACAGAUAUUCGGGUAUAUUAGCUAGGUAAUGGGUGUUUUUAUGUGGAAGGCAUUUAUAAAUCGAGUUUUAGAAAUCUCGAUUAAUUUAAACUUGUGUAACGAUGGUGAAACACACGUCGGAAUUAAACUUACGAUUAUACUUAAUCUAGUUUUGUAAAUCUCGUUUUGUAACAAAAUUAAACCUGCUUGGUGAAACCGGCCCUUAGUGAUGCGUGGCUCGCAAACGAUAUUUAUUCAUUAUGGUUAGUGAAAGUGCCUGAAAAAAAUAAAGCAAGAUGUUCGUUUUGUUCAAAAAAUUUUGACGUAAGUAGCAUGGGUGAAGCUGCUUUGAAAUGUCAUAUUAAAGGUAAAAAACAUGCUGCUUUCACUGAUGCUGCAACAAAAUCACUUGGAUUGACACAGUUCUUUGGUGUUGAAAACUCCAGCACAGUAAAUGUCAAAGCUGAAGAGAAUAAAAUUAGGCCAGCUUCUGCUUCAGUUGUAGACAGCUGUCAUGUUACAAGUGUUAGUAGUUGUAGUAGCAGUUCCAGUCCUUCAGUAUCUUCACAUUUCAGUGGAACAGAUGUUAUGAAUGCUGAAAUAAGAUGGGCUUUGAAAUGUGCAACCAGUCAUUACUCACUUAAUUCGUGCGAAGGACUUCCAGAACUAUUCAAGAAUAUGUUUCCUGAUAGCAGUAUUGCGAAACAGUUUUCAUAUAGUGCCACAAAAUGUGCAUAUAUGAUAUGCUUUGGACUUGCACCACACUUCAAGGCUGCUAUCUUCAAGACUGCCAAUGAAGUGGAACACUAUUGCCUGUUGUUUGAUGAGAGCUUAAAUCUUUCUAAUCAAAAGAAGCAAAUGGACAUACACAUCAGAUUGUGGGACCCAAACAGCGAUGAGGUAGUUACAAGGUUUUUCACAUCUGUAUUUAUGGGACAUUCCAGCGCAGAAGUAACCCUAUCAGCUUUGCAAGAAGCAACAGUAAAGUUGAAUCACUCAAAACUGCUUAACUUGUCAAUGGAUGGUCCAGCUGUGAACUGGAAGCUAUUUAAUAUUCUGAAAGCUGAAUUAAAAACGGAUUUUGGUUGCACCUUAAUAGAUGUAGGCAGUUGCACUCUUCACACUUUGAAUAAUUGCUUCAAACAUGGCAGUAGAUCUACAUCUUGGGAUAUUGACAGUUUUUUGGUGAGCACAUACUGGCUUUUUAAAGAUUCUCCAGCUCGCAGGGAAGAUUAUUUGAAUCUUUCUGUAAACAAAAAACUCCCCUCUAAGUUUUGCAAACAUCGUUGGUUGGAAAAUGUUCCAGCAGCCGAAAGAGCACUCGAAAUUUGGGACGACUUGAAGAAAUAUGUCGGAGAAGUUGACAAGGGACAUCUUACAAAAAUUAAAUGUAAGUCUUACCUUAUUGUUAAGGAGGCAUGUCAGGAUGUUUUGAUGCCAGCAAAGUUGAACAUUUUCCUUUCGGUCGUCAAACUGUUACAACCUUUUCUUACGAAGUAUCAAAGUGACAAACCACUCUUGCCUUUCUUAGCUGAAGAUCUAAGAAAUAUGAUUGUUAGUUGCUUGCAGAGUUUCAAUAUUAUGAGGAAUGAGUACAUUUCGAAAUUAUCUUCACCAUACCAGGUUUCACUCUUUGACUUUAAAGACAGAAAGUGUCUUUUAAGUUCAUGCAAAGUUAACUUGGGGUUCAUUGCUGAUAGACUAGUCAAAGAACUUGUUCACAAAAGGGAAGUUUCAGAAAAAGAGGUACUAGAACUCAGACAUGAAACACAGAAUUUCAUUUUCUUGAUGCUUGAAAACCUAGUGGUAAAAUCCCCAAUCAAGUAUGCCUUCGUUCGAAGCCUUUCGUGUCUUGAUCCAAGAUUUAUGCUAACCGAUAGCCACAGCUGCUACAAGAAGAUGAAGCAGAUUUUGUCAAUUAUUGUAAAGGCUAAACAACUUCAGGAAAAGAUGUGUGAUGAAAUCCUGUUGGAGUAUCAAGAAUUGCUCCGAUAUGCUCAUGAAAACAAAACAGCAUUUAGUGACUUUUCCCCUGAUGUGUCUCGAAUUGAUGUUUUCUUUCGCAAUUACCUUGGUGGUGAGAAAAAGUUUGUGAAACUGUGGCCAGUUAUAAAAAUGCUUUUAAUUUUUUCACAUGGCCAAGCAGCUGUAGAGCGAGGGUUUUCUGUUAAUCGCCAUAUAGAAGUGGAAAAUCUAAAGGAAGAUUCGUAUGCAGCAAAGAGAUUAACCAUUGAAGAGGUCAGAAAAUGUGGCGGUGUUACAAAUGUUCCUCUAACAAGAGAGUUGCGGGCUUCUGUUGCAGCAGCUCGUCAGAAGUACAUGUCAUACUUGGAAGAGGAACGCAAGAAAAAAUCUAAUGCGCUGGAAAAGAAACGUAGUCUUCAGUUAAGUGAGGAGUUAGAAGUUCAUAAAACAAAGAAGAUUCGACUACAACAAACAAUAGACAGUCUCCAAAAAUCUGCCGAUGAACUUGCUGAGCAGGCAGAAAAAACUGAAAAUGUGAAUUUGAUUAUCCAGUCAAACAGUUUUAGAAAGACAGCUAAAGAAAAGUUACUUGAAAUUAAAAAGAUAGAAAAGAAAAUUCAAGAAGUAUCGAAAAGUUACUUGAAAUUAAAAAGAUAGAAAAGAAAAUUCAAGAAGUAUCUGAAAACAUGAGGAGAGUAAAAUAAUCAAAAUUGUUAUAUUUUGUUGUGCUAUAUUAAAUAUUAAUAUCAUGAACCCUUGAAAGAUGUACUGUAAACUGUCUGAGUACAUUCCUAUUUUCUAGUAGUAAUGAGUAAAAAGUGCAUUAAUAUUAUUAUCUUGAUAUGCAACCUGUAAUUAUAUGUGCGUGUAGAUGUAAAACUGUGCAGUAACUUAGCAUGUUGUAAAUUAUGCAGUUGAUAAAUAUUUGAUAUUGCAUCAUUGGUAUGUAUUUUUGCCACACUCUUAAACAUAGCAUUGUUAUGAACAGGAAUUCUGUAAUAAUGGGACUGUCAAGGUUAUAGUAUUUGAAGUUAGGAAUUCCAUGAGUGCUAAUUCAAUAUUCUUAAAUUUAAAUUCCUACCAAAUACCUACCUAACCAAAUGCCUACCUAAAUAACUUACUAUAAUAAUUGUGAACCAGUUCGGUAUAAUGUUAAACUCAGCCAAUUUGCAAUGUUACUGUCCCUCCGAUAAGCUUUUAUCUUUUUGUUUAUAAGUAAUAGACAGGAAAAAAAAACAAUUCUGCACAUGUUCAUAAUAUAACUAUAAGUACUAAAAUUAUUUCAUAAUAUUUAAGUCCUUGAAAUUUUGGAAAAAGUCCUUGAAAGUACUUGAAAAGUGCUUAAAUUUUUUCAUCAAAAAGGAGUGGGAACCAUGUAAAAAGGUAGUGACAACCAAAAGACAACAAACCCAUUAUGCUACCAUUUUGUAAGAAACCAUGCUCUGAUUACCAUUUGUAAUUAACCUGUGUUCCUGUAGACUUAGUAGGUACUUAAAAAAAAACAAAAAAGGCCUAGAAACGUACGGGCCAUGGCAUACGUCAAGAAGACAUAUGAACAGUGAACAGAGACGGAACACAGGUACAAUACAAAGAAUUUAGGUGUUAACACCCCAAAAGGUUGGUGGGUGUUAAGGUGGAUCGUAAUCUAUAAAAAUAUAAAUAAAACAAUUAAAUCUGGUUACUUCUAGAUUAUUUUAAUGGUUAACUUAUUUUAUUUUGAACAAGCCAGAUUUUUCAUAAUAGGUAUGGUAGUUAAUACUUUUGGUCACCACUUUAAUGACUUACAAACUAGUGACAAUAUAUAUUUUUAUCAAAAUCCACAGGUUCAGUAAACUCAAAGUUUAGUACAUUAAAUUAUAAUAGAAUUGAAUUUUAACACGCGCAGGCCGGCCGCGGAUACUUUGAUAAUUCAGGGUGGCCAGCCAACCGGGAAAUCGGGAAAUAGCCAGGAUUUCUUGAAAAAACCAGGAAUACCUGGAAUCAACCAGGAAUUUUUAUUAGAACCGGGAAUUUUUUUUAUGAAGUAACGAUCGCAAAAACAUACGGCUGUUAAAUGAGCACGUUCACCACCCGUCGAAGCACGACAGUAUGCUAGUGAGCUAUAUUUUGUGAAAGUUUAUUUGUUCAUAUUGCAUUUAAAACUUUUGUAGUACGUAAGAAACCGUUAACAAUUCAGACUUCCAUACUUAUUAUGUUUCUGUAUUCAAAAGCAACAGCAUUUUGGCUGAAAAUGUUGUUGUAGGGUGGUAGUAAUUUCUCGCACGGCAUGUUGGUAGCACUAGUUUUGUAUGUAUAUUUGUUUUUACUUUGCGCUCAUGUUGUUGCGUCACGGUAUCACGGACACGGAUACUUUUCUCGAGUUUUUUUAAAAGUUUAGUUGUGCGGGACGUUGUUUUGAAUUUUUUAAUCUAACAUGUAAUUGGCGCAGACUAUCAAAAUGUCAACGAGUUCGGUCACCACAUACAAUGACAAAUAUACGGAAGAGUUUGAAUGGGUGGAGAAAGAUCCAAAGUGCAGGACAAACGCUAUUUGCAAUUUGUAUAAUGUUAAAAUCAAUAUCGGUAGCAUGGAUGGGAAGAACAGCAUUAGCCAGCCACGCAAGAGGGGCAAAACACGUGCGUUUGGUGUCAAGUAAUUUUUGUGACGUGAGAUUAUAAAUUUUUUUGUUGGUGGUAGGUUUUGUUUUAAGCAAGUUCAUUGAUUUAAUUUUUAAGCCUAUAGUUAAGUUGUCUAUUGUUAACGCCAAUAAAACAUCAUAUUGUGUGUGCUUUGUGUAACAAAAAUACAAAUUGUAUGCAAAUAUUGAUAAAAACAACCCUUGAAAAAACCUGGAAAUAACCAGGAAUUUUAUUAUCCCAGAAGAGUGGCCACCCUGUAAUUACUUUACAGAUUACAUUUAUUUUAAAGCAAGUUGCACAAACAAGGUUUCAGAGUAAUAAAAUCAAAAAUAAACAAUUUUUCAUUAUUUGGAUUGACAAGUACCUUUGAUUACUAUAUUUUAUACCUUUUUCUUUAAUUGGUAGUUGAAUAGUUCGCAAAUUGUUCGUAGAGAAUUUAAAACUUUAAGAUUUCUUACAUUGUGUCUUCCAAACAUAGACUUAGCUGCAUGCGAAGUGCUGACAUCCGAACGGCGUGACGGGGCGGAUAGCGGACUAAAGUUGACAGCACGAUGCAUGGAAUUUAGAUGGCCGAAAUCAGGAACUCAGUGCGGGUAGAUGUGGUUGUCUACCCGUCACUGGGGAUGGAAAACCCCACUGUGAAAACAAAAGUUCACACAGCGUUAUUAAGUGGUUAUGGCCAGUGGGAAAGUUCUCGGCCACAAAGGGCUCAAGAAAACAGGAAAUCAAAAGGGCACUAAAAUCUCUACUCACCAAAUUGUGGGGUAGGUCGGUGGUACUAUCUAUCCAUGAUGGUAGACGUCCACUAGCGCGGUUGCACGCACUUAAUUCGCCAGAAAAACACUAACACUAAUAUGAUGUUUAAACUUAAAAUUGUAAGGGGAUUUUCCCCCUGGUCGUCGCGACUACAUCCUAUAUUCUUUGAUGUCCGACUUCUUAGUAGGAGAGACGCGGUCGCGAUAGAAGUAGCGCGGCAGAUGUAGGAUGCUCCCUGUACCACAGUUGAUUGUCGACUCUCUCUACUUGAGAGAGUCCCUUGGUUCCUGCAUGGGCUCAAAACCGAAAAGGGGGAGGGGGGAAGAGAGAAACAGAGUGGGCGGAGCUAAGCGGGCCAUGGGAGGAAAAGUACCUUGGGAUUGGUCAGGGCUUGUGCCACAAGAAAAAUAUAAAACUCUCUAUGAGCGCCAUCUUUAGUUGGGACAGGCGCCAUGAGAUAGCGCACCGAGCGGUGGCGUAGCUGUAUGCCGUCUAAGGCAAAGGGGGAUUGGAAGGUGGUGUUCCCUGGCGGGAGAAACAGACAUUAGCAUGCUUAGUUUCAGUUGUGCUCGAGAGAUCGCGCACAAGCCUCGUGCGUGGAGCGCAAACAUAGGCGUGGCUUGUUCCUAAAGGAGAGGAGGGGUUGACGAGGGAAGGGGCAUGGUCUUGUCUCGGUCAUGGUUCCUGGAAGCAUAGCAAAAAACCUAAGAGGGCCAGAGGUGGCGGGGAAGUGCUUGUUUUAUGCCGAGACCAGCACAUCCGCUUUGCUCGCCAGGGCCUCGAGCCUGGGAAAGCGAGCUAGGCUCGCCUGACGAGGCAGGUACCCCUGCGUGAGAAACAAGGCGGAAGGCACGUUAGGCAGGGAGAGUUAUCAUGUCUGUUCCUGCAUGCCGGCGAGAUAAAAUUGACUCGGCUAGCCUACGCUGCGUGUAAGUGUCUGCAUGUCUCUGCCGAGACGUUGAGACUCUCUAAAACCCACUAGUAAAGUUUUAAUAUGUAUAGCCCUGGGUGGUAUAGAUGAGAAAAUAAAUUUUGAUGAGGUACUCUAGCUUAUGGGAAAGCAAAAAUAUUUUAAUAAAUAAAAGUUGAAAAAUUGAGCCAUUAAAUUACUGAUUUUCGGCUCAGUAAUGUGACAUUUUUUUGUUCCUACAUAUUUUAUAGUCGGGGCAAAAAAUUCUCCUGAACAGAACCGUCACCCUGGUGAUAGGGUGUUGUGAAUAAGAAAUAUAAUUAAAUAAAACAUAUAAAUAAAAAGAUAAAUAAAAAAAAGUAAUAUCUUUAUUGUUAAUCAUGUGAAACAUAAUAAUUUUUAUUUUCAUUAUAGUGCAUGAUUAGAUCGGUAAUUAGCUUGGUUUGUAGCAUUUCGGGUCCUUCUACCUAAAUUGAUUCGUCUAAUAGGAGGCAUAUCUAUAUUAUAGAUUAUUUUGUCACAUGCAAUAAUUAGCGAUCAUAGGUAAAUGAACACUGCACAAAACACUAUAUAGGUAAGAAUUUGUUUAGUGUAUAAGUUGACAAAAGCAAACUCAUUAGGGUAGAUAACCUAAAAUCCAAGGAAAAAAAAAAAACAGACAUUGACAGUUUGUUGCUGUUUCAACUUUUUUUUAAUUAGAUAUGACUUGGAGUCAAAACCUUCAAGCCGUAUUUAAAAUAGGGUAAUGCAAUAAUAAAAACUUAAACUUAUGAAAUACUUUUUGUAACGCUGGUUUUGUUUGACUGAUGUAUUGACUUGAAAACUGAUGCAUUUUAAAGUAAAACAAAUGAAAUAAUAUCGCGAAGCCAACCAAAUUAAAACUAUUCGAUUUGGUUUUUUUUUUUUUUGUUUAUCUGUGCUCCAACGCACACUGUUUUGAUAGAUAUGAUUGAACUUUGUACAGAGGUAAUAAAGUGCAAAUUGACUCUUUGACGUUAGGAACAUACCUACAUUGUUUAAACAACAAUGAGUGCUCGUUUUAGUUAGAAAACGUUUGUAUGGGAAAAAUAAAAGGGCUGGUUUUAGGGUUUUUCCGGCAAUUAUUCGAAUUUUUCUCGCCGUAAAAACCAUCUUUGAACUUCAACGAACAUUUAAAAAAAAUUGGCCAAAUUGGUCCAGGCGUUGUUGAGUUAUGCGCUUACCAACACAUUUUGCGAUUCAUUUUUAUAUUAUAGAUUUGCACGUGCUAUGUGUUUUAAGAAGGUAUUUUGUAUUUUAUUAGACAUUUUUAAUCAUUACUAUUUUUUAUGUAAUUAUUCACAAAGAAGUCGCUGUACUAGAUUUUCGCCGGUUUAGGCCUACUUUUUCAGGUUUUUUCUAAAUAAGUUUAAUUUUGUAAAGUAAUUUGUAUUAUAAUUGCUGUUUGUAAUGUUCAUUAACGUGUGGAAUGAUUCUAGAACAAGGGACUGUGUCUGGUGUGAUGGUUAGAAAGAGAGGCAUGAGAGGCCUGUAAGUGUAAGUGAGAAAGAAACAGUAAUUCCCCUCAGAGAUAGAUAAAGACGGGAAUUCCCCCACUGCGUGGGAACUGAGUGAUAACUGCUGUCUCACAGUGUGGGAGAGAGAACGAGAAUGGGAGUCCCCGAUUUUGAUGUGAAAUUGAAAAGAGACAGAUCAAGGGAAGCCCCGAGUUAUGUGUGUACAGGGUUUUUUCAUGUAUUGUAAUUUGUUCUGUGAUUGGCUUGUGAUUUGUAGAGUGAAUGAAGCGUGCGUGUGAUUGGUCGGUGAGGUCAUGUGACUUCUACUCCCUGCGUGGAGGAGACAUGUCAUGACCUCAUGAGUUCAUCAGUAGUCGUCGGGCGAUCGCUGCCAGGCGAGGCCGCGUUUCGGCGGCUCGCGGUUUUUCGCUAGGUGCGGCCGUGUUUGAGGCCGCACAUAUUUUGGAUAUUUCCAGCAAAAGGUUAUUGAAAGACUUAAUCGACGUUAUUUCUUUUUAUUAAAUUUCAUCGCCCGAGCUGCGAGUAUUCUCGACAGGCGAAUGUACGACUGAACGAGUGAAUGAAACAUUGGAAGUGUUUGGAUUCGUAUGUGCAUUCUAUCUUGAGAAAAUAAAAACAACAAAAUUAUAA